AUGGCGCUGCGGUGCUUGGCCGCUGCGGCGGUGGUCGGCGCAGAGGUUCCAGGCCCCUUCCGCACAGGCAGCUCCACCAAGGUGGCAGACGGCGCGCCGGGCGUGCUCGACUGCUCCUACAGCGAGGAGUGGAAUGAUUUCCGCGAAAUCUUUCGAGAGAACGCUGCCACCGGUUUCCCCUACAGCGACGACUUGUUUCGCAAGGCGGACCGCCUCAUUGCAAAGAACAUCCUGACGUUUCUGGAGUUUCACAGAUCCAAAUCUAACGCCUUCUUUCAUGACUGUGACCGCGAGGCGCCAGAGGGUAUGGUUUGCCUCUAUGGAAUGCUCUCCGCUCUGUUUGUGCACCACAUCUAUUUGCGAGGCAACGUCGAGGAACCUGAUGCCUCUGAGGAUGACAAGGAGGUGUUUCGCUUGUCAACGGAUCUUGCAAGGCUGAUGGUGAUCAACAAGAACAAUUGCCUUGACUUCUUCGACUCCUCCAACUGGCCCUUGACCCUGGCACAGCUCGUUGCAACGCUCCGACCGGCGGCUGUGGACGAGCAGCUUUCCUUGCCGCCUCUGCCAGAGAGGAGGUUCCCCCUCUGGCAGCUGCCAGGCUUCGCUGCAGCAGCGCAGGCGCUGAAACAGCCAGUGGAUCAGCCGCUGGUCGCGUACAUCACUGGCACCCAUGCAGCGCUGGCCAGGGAGCCUGCCGAGAUGCUCACGCGCUUUGCCUCCAGCCUCCUGGGCGUGACUUUGGCUGCUGUCAUGGAGGUGGCGGACGACACUCACUGCGGCUAUCUUGGCUGCGCCUCCGAAAGUGGCACGGAGGUGCUGCCCUCGGUGGGCCUCCGGGAGUUGGGCCUGGGCUUCCGGCCUGUGGGCCUUCGAGAGAUUGGGCAGAAACACUUCAAGCCACGGUGGACUGCUUUGGACAUUGUCGACUUUCCAGGUCUGUUAGAGGACUUCCAGCAGCGUUUCCGGCAGCAUGCCCUGAGUCGCGCCAUGGACAUUGCGGUGUGCACCUCCCCAGCGCUGCUUUGCCUUCUGCUGCUGCCAUUUCAGCGGCCUAUGUUGGCCUAUCUCGGGGAGCCGUUGCUGCUCUCUGUGGAAGCUGAAGCUCGGGAUGUUUGGUUCGAAGAGUUCGACGCCAUGGCGACUGCUCCGCACCACUUCUUCUCCUGCUACAACCCUUUCCUGUCGUCCAUGAUCGAGUACCAGACUGGAAUCACGGCUGCAUUGAUUGGCACAGCAAGACUGUAA